GCAGAAUAAUCAUGGUUUGAUGGUUUGCAUUUUCAUGGUGGGCAGACGGAUGCGCAGUAGACUCGUUGUUAUUGGUACAAGCGACGAAGCCGUCCAUGCGAACGAGGUUCGCAAUUAUUUGGUUCGCACGCUUUUCGAAAAUGGAGGAGAAUGUCAUUCGAAUGGCACAGCAGGCUGUUGCUGCCGCUCUUAUGCCGCUGCUACAGCAAACCGGGCAGCGUGAAAGUGAAACAACGGCAACUGCGAGUGCUAGUGUGCCCAUGGCUCACAGAGUUCCACUACCACAGAGUUCCACAACCCAUCGCGUUGACAAUGGCUUAGGCCUACUGCCAUCGAGUUUUAUGAACCGCGGGAGGGGUUCAGCAGCAGCAAAGAAGCGAGGGACUACAGCAGGCAAAGGAAAGGCAAAAGUUGUGGUGAAGGAUGUGGUUUGCAUCCCCAAGCACAAGUUUUUUCCCAACAUGGCCGUUCCGAAAGGCUCGGCACGAGGAGAAUAUGCUGAAAUGGGACUGAGCGGGAAAAUUUCGUUCAGCUCCCACUGCAUGAAAGAAGAGAUGGAGGCUCAGGUUAAAAGCAUAUUCUGCAGGCAGUUUAACCUGUCAGCCUCAGAAACCUUUGCCUAUGAAUAUCUUUGUAUUCUUCCGGGAACCCGAAAGUUAGGCAGGCCAAAUGUCUCCACCAAUUUUGUGUGGAACGGAAAAGCGGUGCUCUCUAUUAUAGGACAGGGGGCUCUUUAUAUUAUGGCGAACACCCCGUUCCCAGAAGCUCUCACAUCAAGGCGAGCAACUAAUGAAGGUUCCUUCAUAGAAACUGAUGAAGAUGAUGAUGAUGACUUCCUGGCACCAGCUUUUACUGUUAGGAGUAGGACAAGGAUGACUGCAGCCGCUCAACAAUCGCCCGUCAUGCCUGUGCUGACUGCCAUGCCUGCGGUGAAUGUCAGGCCUGCGGUGACUGCCACGCCUGAGGUGAAUGCUACACCCGAGACCACAAGGAAUAUCCCGGAUUUUAACUUUGACACUUAUAAUGUCACAGAUUUCAUCCCAAUGGAAUUUUUGGAUGAUCCUGAAGCAGCAGUGGACCAGGCAGUACAGAACAGUAUGAUAAAUGCUGAUGACGUGUCAACUAUACCCGAUGAAGAGGACCCAAAUGAAACAUCUGCAGAAGUUAUAGAAGGGAAACUGCGGGCUCAUGCAUCGACAGUUGUUAUUGGACCAACUCGCCCUCUCGUAGUCUCCCGGAGCUCAGUUUGGGCCUCAUCCCUCCCCUAUUUCCGGAGAAAGGCCUUUUUCAAUGGGAUGGGGGACAUAAGUAUGACGUUUGGUCACGAUGAGGCGAUAGAGGAUGCCCAAGACCUCGGUGGGCCCAAGAGGGAGUAUUUUCGCCUCCUGUUGAAGGCCAUUGUCAACGACAGUGGCAUGCUUGAUGCAACACCAAAUGGUAUGACCCUCAGUUACAGCAUAAAUGCUGUUAAGGAUGGUCUAUACCAAAUUCUGGGGAAAGUUUUGGCGAUGGUUGUUGUUCUGGGUGGUCAAGCCCCAGCCAUGUUCACCCCAGCAAUCGCCCGAUAUCUUGCAUUUGGUGAUAUAUCUCUAGUCGGGGCUAGUGUAGAUGAUGUGCCCAUUUCUGAGAUUAGGAUGGAUCUGAAGAAGAUUGUGGCUGCUGAAACAGCCAGUGAUUUUGAUGCUAUCCUGGCAGAGGCCGACUGGCGUUUCGGGGUGAAGGGCCUGCAGACAGUUGUCAAGUUUGAGAAGAAAAAUGUGUUUGUUGACAAUGUCACAUUAUUUUAUGGAAUACUGGACAACCAGUCGUUGCUUGAUGAGGUCAUCCAAGGGUUAAAGUACUAUGGUGUGCUGGGCCUCAUCCGCAAUCAGCCUUCAUUGAGGUGCCUGUUUGAGUACAAAAAAGAUGCCCAAAUCACAGCAGUAGGGCUGAUCCAGGUUUUCAAGCCUAUGCUCUCUGUCCUUGGUAAUCAUAGGAGGGAAACUGAGCAGUCACUAAUGGACAGAUUUAAGCAAUUUGUCUUCAAAAUUGAAGAUAAAGAACUGGAGGAUGAGGACAUUUUCCAGGUUUCGGAAAGUGAUACUGAAGUCGAGAAAACGGAGCAGGCAGCCAUCAAGGCAUUUGCUUCAAGGGUAACUUGCGGGCAUAUUUUGGCGUUUGCCACUGGAGCAAGCGAGGUGCCCCCAAUGGGAUUUGAGCCAAGAGCUCACAUCAGUUUUGUACAUGAUGACAGCAAAGUGCUUCCGUCAGCCAACACGUGUGCCAAUGAACUCAAGUUGUUUGUAAAUGCUAUGACAAUUGCACCAUAUAGAUUGUCAAGAGAGUUCUUGAAAGCUCUAAUGAAUGGUGCUGUUUUCAGCUUGGUGUAGUCUGUAUGUAACACCCUCUCACCUUAGGGGAAACUUUCCCAUACCACCGUGUCCAUCGUCGUAUCUGAUUUCAAAAACAGUAGCACGUUUCUUAACUGUUAAAGCUAGGAUUGGUAACCUCGGACACUGAAUUUCGGUCCGAUCUGAUUCUUUACUUGGCCACCAGGGGCCAAAUGUGAAAACCUAGAAGGAGAUUUAUUUUCAAUUUUUUUUAUGGGAGUACACGUAUGUACUCAUGGCAAGGUUAUAUUACAUACCUUACAGGUUGUUGAUUUGACCUACUUUUAAGCAAGGUCACAGAGGUCAAAUUGCGUAAAUUGGCGUAAAUGUGGCACGCUAGAUUUAUGAGCUUGAAACUUUGUUUUUAUGACCUCCUAGGUCAGAUUACCUCCGACAACAAAUAACCAGCAUGACUUGUCUACUUUGUUUGACUUUCACACAGACUGAUCUUACUAUUUGGAAAGUAAGACCACAGUAGCUCCCAGCCUUCACUUCACAUAGCCACUUGUGCCUAAGAAUCACUUGCAUUCGUGUAAAGUGAGGGCUUUAAGCUAUGUAGAGAUUAUAAUAGAAAAUAGUGUCGACCAAGGUCACACAUGACUUGACCAAGUUAGUGUCAUUCCUCUCUGUGUAUUUGUUCUCCUCUAUUUGUAGACUCUAGCUAAAUUAGGCAAUAUUUCAACAGUAGGCAAGUAGCCUGCAUGCCUUCAUCCACACCAAUUAACUCAACUACCAAACUACAAAUUUGUCAUAAUAUCUAGGAAUAAAUCAACACCAGGUGAGCACAAUGUCCCAAGGACAUUUCAUUUUGUACUUUCUUUCAUCUAAAAACUUAAUUUAGUGCCAUUUACAACAGUAGGGGCAUAGGUGGCAUCUUGAAAAUAGUUUGUACCAGUUUAAAGCCAACUGGCUGCAGCGUUCAGGUGUAAGUACAUGCCUAUAGGUGAGCACAUCAAUUUUAAUAAUGAGGGUUCUGGUGGAGAAAUAUCCAGAUUUGUUUUUGUAAUUGAAUAAAACUUAUCUGGCUGGUUUUUUACAAAAAAUCCUGAUCUAUAGUUAGUUAUUUUCUAAAUAGUUAUGACAAUCUCAAAACUUUGUCUAGCAUGAUGGCCCCUGGCUGUUUCAUUGAGAAAAAAAAUUAUACCAGUUUAAAUUUGGAGAUAUGUAGCAUUUUUAAUAAUUUCAUUAUAAGGUGUUAUCCUUAUCGUUUUAUCAUAAUUGUUAUUGUUAUUGUAUAGAUAUUGUUGUAUUAUCCUUGUUCAUUUUAUCAUAUUUUACCCUCUCAUAGUGACUGAAUCUGGUGGACAAAAGCACAAAAUCGUUGAAGGAAGGUCACAGCCUGAUCAAUUAUUCUAUAAGCUGAAUUUUGCUCUUUCCCCAGAUCAAGUGAUGUGACCCUCCAGCCCUAAAUCGGUCAGAUAUUGCUCUUAGCAUUGCACAGAUGGACUGGUUGUUCAUUUCAGUUAUGUCUGCCUUUUCUGAAAUCUGAGUUCAUCAAUUUCUUCUUUUUGAAAUUAUCUCUUUAUGUCAUUUAGGCUCCUCUUCUGUUCAACAUCUGACUAGUUUUGUGCUUGAGGGUCACAUGUAUAUUGCCAAUGUUGUCCUGUUGUAUUUUAAUAUCAAAUUCUGGAGUUGGCUUUAGAGAAAUGGCUUGGUCCAGUGGUUUUCAAAUUUUAAAACUGUUGCAAGUGCCAGUUUAUCAAUUCUGAGAGUUGUCAAAUUUUUAAACUGCAUGUACAGUUGUCAAAUUUAAAAAGGUUUGAAAAUUUGAUAAACAAAAAGGAAGAUUGAGGAGGCAACCCUUCAAAAAGAAGUAAUUUUACACAUAAAUCAAUAUUCUGUUCUUAUGAUAAUUUCUGAAAUUGCAAGAUAGAUCAUGUGAGGAUACUGUGAAUUCAUCAUCUGGAGAAGGCACCAAAAGAAUUAUGAGAAAGAGUAAAGUUUCAAACUUGACAUUGUCCCGCAUUACAGUGUUUCCUCCAGAAAUUAUUUGAAGGGGGUAGAGACCACAACUCGGAGAGAACAAAAUGUGGUAAAAAUAACAGAUUUUGUCCCUUUUUGGCUGAAGUGGGGGGGGAGGGG